AUGGAGUCAUACAGAGAGGAAAGUUUUCUAGACGUGGCGGUGGAAGUAACAAUCUUGCUCAUCUCGUGCUGUGGCACAAUUCUUGGUAACGUGAUGGUUCUUGUUGCUGUGGUUAUGAAAGAGAAACUUCACAGUCCCACCUAUUUCUAUUACCUUAGUUUGGCAGCAUCUGACUUGAUAUUAGGUAAGUGUCUCCGAUUGUGUAAAACACUUGUGGUUACUCCAAUAUGUUUAAGCUAUGAUUCCCUUGUCAGUUUGCACAGACCAUAUCACGUAUAGCUACUGCCCAUAACAUUGUGACUUCAAAAGUAGCGGUGAUAUUUUUCCCGGUCGUCUGAAGAGAGGUAGCAAAGGCCUCUUUUGAAGUGAAAAUGACCUUGAUAGCGAUUAUGGUAACUCUUUCCGGCUAAAAAGGUGCUGGUCGUGAAACUGAUCCCAGUCCAUUCGCGCAAAAUGAUCAUUUAAAGCCAAAAUUGUCGCUUUAAUUCGUCAGUCUUCAGUUUGCGAUGAACCGAGAACGCGUAAGGUAACCCCUGCCACCUUUUAUUUACCCCUUAUGGCUACAUGAAAAAUAUAUCUUACUUAAGGAGAAACAAAUAUAAAUUGAAGAAGUUGAAUUAUCUUGGAUAUUAAUGACAUGAAAUUCCGCGUUUAGAACCACAGGGAAGUAUAGGAUACAUGCAAGGGUUAACACUGUCCACUUUUCUAAACAUUUUACUGAAAAAUUGUAGCAAAGACAAACAAACGGACUCUAGUUUUCGUAAGAUUCUUAGUUUUUAACUUAGAAUUGGAGUGAAACAAUUAGCCAUAUAUGGGACAUUAAAAAUAUUGCAAUAAAAGUAUGGGGUCACCUUACUUAAAUGUUUUCGUCCUAAUUAGCUUCUGGUUUUUGCCAUGCGAUAAGCGGAGUUUUUGACGGUUGUUCAUGUUUCGAACAUUUCACGCGGUUAAAUAGGAAAACAGUCUUAGACUAACGGACGAAAACAAGUAAGGUGACCCCAUACUUUUAUUGCAAUAUUUUUAUGUCCCAUAUAUGGCUCUCAAUAGCGUAGAGUUUGAAAAAAAUUGUAUGUCCUUUUUAAUGGAAUUACCUUAAGCACAACUGAAACCCCGUUAUUAUUUUACUGAAAUUGAGGGGGGCCAAAGAAAGUGUUGGUAUAUAUCAACGGGGUGUCCGCAUUAAGAGGGUUGAGUAGGGAAUAUACAAGGGCUUUCUUUCCCCAGGGAAAAAGCCAAUUGUCCGUAAUAUAGAAGUGUUCGUCUUAAGCGGGGCUCCGUAGAGCGGGGUUUGGCUUUAAGUCAGAAGGUCUAGCUGGAAUUAUUGGUGAUUUGAAACAUACGGCAUUUUAAGAAGUCAUCCACUCAGCCGAGUUUGAGUAAGUUAGAUAGUUGUUAAAUUGGUCAAUGAAACAGUUAGGCCUUUCACGGUCUUGAUCACACUUGUUAGUCACAGUCAACUACGUAUACUGUAAUUUUACUUGUAUAGUCAGUGGGUUUAUUAUAUAUUAUAAUAUUUAACCAUUCAUACGUUCAGUCUGCAGUUGGUGACGAAUCAGAAUGGAAAACAGUUUUUGUUCCAUUUCUGUCCACAGGAGCGGCGCUUUAAUGUCAUGUCCUGCGCAAUUUGCAUAAUUUACAAAAAAGCCUUUGCGAUAAGGAGCAAGUCUUACUAAUUCAACACUUUUGAGGUUUAAAUAAUGGUCAUCGUUCAUCGACACUGUACUAAAAGCCUUUGCGUUCUUUAGGCGUCUUGUGUAUACCCCUGGUCAUAGCCGCGUUUGUGCUACACCACUGGCCAUUAGGAGACACCUUAUGCCAGGUAUAUGCCGUACUCAUAAGCUUUUCAGUGAAUUCUUCUAUAGUGACGCUGACCAUCAUUAGCGUGGACCGCUACAACGCACUCUCGAAACCACUAGAGACAAUGGCCGAGAUGACAGUAACUAAACGGCACUACAAACUCAUCAUAGCUGCAAGCUGGGUACAUUCAGUAUUCUGGGCCAUUGGUCCUCUAUUUAAAUGGGGAAGCACUAAGUUGGACGAGUUUACACACACUUGUAAACCAAACUGGGGUGGGGAGGGGCUAGCCAACAAAAGCUAUAUGCUUUCACUGGCGAUUUUUGCCUUUGCUUUACCUGUCGGAGCAAUGGUUUAUGCUUACUUCAGAAUAUACCGCAUAGCGAGAGCGUCCAAAAGAAAGAAUGUCUACAACCUUAUUCCCUUAAAAAACGAGACUGAAGAGAAUGCAGAAGCCGCAAUGACGAAGACACACGCAAGUAAUGCUGGACCUGAUGAAGACAACAAAGCCCUCAAGACAGUCCUACUGUUGGUUGGAUCAUUUGCCGCGUGCUGGGCUCUCUACUCCCUGGUAACAGUUUGGAAGCUAAUCGACCCCAGUUCGGUUCCUCCCUGGAUUGUCCGUGGGGGGCUGGUCCUCACUCUCUGUAACUCCUGUAUCAACCCUUUGAUAUAUUCAAUACGAGACGGGAUAAUGAAGCAAGAAAUUAAAGGCUUGAUUUUCAAGAGAUUCUGUAACAGCAGCUAA